AAUUUGCUUAGAUGGCGAGUAUCUCAUCUACUAUACUCACUUAGCGCCAAAACUUCCAUGGUGUUUUGACAGUUAUUAGUUUUUCUACAAGUGUUUUAAGGGAUAUGGAGGACAUAGGGCGAUUAAAAAUACGCAGUAUUAGUGAACUAAUAGAAGUAAAAGUAAUUAAACAAACAAAAGCAGAUAAAUCAGCAAAAGCUACUAGAAAAAAAUCAACGAAAAAUGAUCAAAAUAAUUUUCAAGUCUCUUUGGAUGUUGGUAAUGGGAAUAUCAUAAAUAUCAAUACACCAUUAACAAAUGACAAAAAGAUAGAUAGUGAAGGAACAAUAACAAAGAAGCCCAGAACAAAGAAAAAGGAAUUACCCCCUAGUCAAACACGGAUUAAUAGUUACUUUAAAAGUAGUACCAAAAACUUUGUCGUAAAUCAUGAUUUAGUGCCGACAACAUUUGAAAAAGAAAACAAACAAGUAACAAGUGUAAGGAAAAAUCCCAAAAGAGAGUGCAAUGUCAAAAGGAAAGGUCGUAAGCGUUUAUUUGUUGAUGACACUGAGUCGGAUGCAACAACAACAAGUGCAGUUGUUGUUAAUGCUAAUAAACCCAAACGGAAAACACCAGUCAAAUUGAAAGCUAAAAUUGCAGAUAACGCCGCAACUACAACGGCCAAAAAGGCUCCAGUGAGAAGCACACGUAAGAAAAGUGCAACCAAGGGAAAAGAAACAUCAGUGAAUGUAGUGGAUUGUAUUGAUCUAUGCACAGAUGAAGAAUCUAAUCAGCCACUAUUGCCACUAAGAAGUAUUAAAAGCGAGCCAUCGCUACAAAUCAGUGCUAAUAACACAUCUAUUAAUCAAAACAAUGAAACUCUGGAAACGAAACUAACUACGGAAAUAAAAAUAACUACACAGGAAAAAACAUCAAAUUUAAACCCAAGAGAACCUAUGGUUUCAAUUGAAGUAUAUCCUGAUAACUACAAUAUGCUAAACGGUAAGGAAGCUUCCGACGCAAAUGUUUUGGCAGAAGAGCAAAGCAAUGGCAAACAGACGCGUAAAAGAAAGCCGCGUGUUAUUCCAAAUUAUAAAACCAUUGAACAUACCACAUUCGCAGUAGAUGCUUUUCAAUUUGGUAAAAUUCCGGGGGUUACGCAUUAUUUCUUAACGCACUUCCAUGCCGAUCAUUAUGUGGGUUUAACAAAAAAAUUUGCGAUGCCUUUGUAUGUGACGCCUAUAACACGUCGUUUAGUUCAAAAGUUUAUAGGCACUGAUGAAAAAUAUCUUCAUGAGCUUGAAUUAGGGGUACCGCAAACUAUUAAUGAUGUUGAGGUAACCGCUAUCAAUGCAAAUCAAUACAAAAAUCCCAAUUCAUGGCACAGUGUAAAGACGCAGAUGUUUUAUAGUAAUUUUAUGCCGUCAACCAAAGAUACUCGUAGUUCAGCCACUUAA